AUGAGCAGUAUAACUAUGUCCAGCGAGGACGUAGCAUCAAUUGAUGAGAUGUUCAUUCGUCUACCUAUCGCGCAAAUCAAACAACUCUCCCACGAGUACAAUGUCAAAAUUGCCCAAACCAAAGAAGACUUACACACAUUAGUUGGCAACAAGUAUCGAGAUUUGAUUAAGAUUGCUGAGGAUAUUGACUCAAUGUAUAGCAUAAGUCAGGCCUCUGACGUCCAAAUCUCCAAUUUGUCGUACAAACCAGCGAAGUUUGUCUCUUUUACUCAUGACAAUUACUCUAAGUUUGAUUCCAUGAUUAGGAAAGACCUGGCUCAAGAAGCAAGAUUGAAUUCGCGGGCUAUUGUCGUAAGGAAUAUCAUCAACAAGAAAUUGGCCAAGUUGGAUUAUAAGAUUAGAUCAGGCGGUAGUCCCUUGAUUCAUACAUCGAAUUUUAUCUAUUACGCAAAGGUGUAUUACACUAUUGAGAAGUCGUUUGGGGAUGUCUUGGAAAAUAACAAGUCCAUAAAUAGUCAGUUUACUACCAUGAAAGAUAAAUUUAAACUGUACUUGGAAUCAGAGUUAUCUUGUUACAAUUUAACCGAUUCGAUUGUUCGUUCAACAAACAAUGACAAGUUUAGGUUCAGUCAAAGACUAACUUUGAAGGAAUUGACUACAAAUGUAUUACAAGAUGAUUAUAUCGACGAAGAGCUUGAAGAAGAAGAAUUAGAGGAGGAUGAAGAUAAAUUUGAGAAUUACGAAUUGGUCAAUUCCAAAAUCGAAUCGUACGAUUUGCAUACGUUACCCAUUAACAAUUACCUCAUAAGUUUAACGAUAUUACUCCAGACUUCAUUUGAAGAGAUAGUUUCUUCAUUCAUCGACAUCAGAUUUAAGUUCUUGCAAGACUUGAUUGAACAAGUAAGAAGCAACUCCCCUGAAAAGAUUAACUUCUUUAAAAUUUUCAAAUAUAUUGAAAAUACCAUUUGUUAUAUACAAGGUUAUUUCAAGAGUGGAACCAGUGAUUAUUUUGUAGGAUUGGAUUCAGUUAGAACUCCUUGGAAGGCGUCUAAUUUGACAGGUCAUAGAAGCUGGUUUGAUGAUACAACAAUCCGUUUCAACUUGGAAGGAUAUAAACCGAUCACCACCAGCGUCGAAUUAAGUCAGUUUCCAACUCUUGUAUUUGACAUGAUCAAUGAAUUAUUAACUCAAGAAGAGACUGUAUCAGGAGUAACUAACUUAUCAUCAACCAUAUUCAUGUUUCAUAAUAUUAUGUUGAGUCUUGCUAAAUUACAAGAUUCUAUUGAAUUGUCAGGAUCUACCUCGAACUUAAUCACCAUGAUAUCAAGCACAGACCUUUUACCAAACUUGUUAUCCCAAGUCAUAUUCAAAAUCAGUGAUUCAUUCGACAUGCACAUUUCUCAAUUG